AUGGAAGGCCCGUGGAUUCGUCCUUGGGUGGGAUCUGUUUACUACGGUGAAGACGAGACCGGAGAAUUGAUGGAAAGAUACCUGGCACGCUAUCCUGCCUACCGUGAGCCACAACGAAAGGACCUCCGAAAUCUCGAAUCCAGACUGCAAUCCGUCAGCGUCCGCAUCGGACUUUACCCUGAUCUCAUCGAGGAACGUCUUACUAGAGGCGAGCUCCUACUGAAGCUGAGAUACCCUGAGCUUUCUGUCUCUGACGCAAAGAAGGCAUUGAUCUUCAUUGACACCAACGCCGCAGAGGCUCGACCAGAUUUGGAUGAUGAAGCCCUUGACAUACUCAGAUGCCGAACUAUUCUCCUCAUUGGCCGCUCCCUCUUUCUUGGCAGGUGCUUCGUCGACUGCCUCGAUAUCGUUCCGAAGAAUCCAAGCAAGAACAAAUAUGCGAAAGAUGAGGAUUUUGUACGCCUGAGGAGAUAUGCCCAAAAAGCCCUUGAGUUCGAAUUGGAUCACAACAUGCAGGAUCCAAGCUUUCAAGAGAUGAGUGAGGAAGAUCAGGAACAUUCAAUAUCAAAAGGAGAAAUCAUGGUAGUACCAUACCCGUGGAUCUCCGAUAAACUAUUUCGACGGAAGGCUUCUGCAAUUGAUCACGCCAACUCGGACAUUUGGAAACUCUCCCAGGGCCGUGUCAUCAUCAAGCAGAGUACGCUAUCCGACCAGUUGCGGGAGUAUGGCCAGAUACGGCCCGAUCAAGACUCAUACGGUAUAUUUGCAACAAAAGACAUACCAGCAGACACCGAACUUUUUUGGGAUCGCACUAUCCUUUGCGCAACCACUGGCGAGGACCGUUGCGCGGCAUGCUGUGCGGACCUGAACCAAAAUGUUUUCUACACUACUGCCCUAGAAUCAUGCUGCGAUAUGGCUUGUCUACGAAGACUCAGGAUGGCUUGUCAACCUGGUCGACGCGCAGAAGUACAAGGCAUGCUGGCUGAUGCUCCCCAGAACGAAGACGAGGCGCUCUUGCAUCGAGGGCUUAUCAUGGCCCACAAAUAUACGCAGGAUAACCCUUCCAAGCAUCCGCUACGGGCACGACUACUCAACCGUCUGACAGCACGCUAUCACCCCGGGGCCAGAAGGGCUUUCUCGUACGGUGCAGAAGUCUGCAGGCCGAUCGAGAUUCUGCAGAAGCUCGGUGUUGACAUAUUUACGGAUGACUUGUCUGAAGCGUGGGUGCUUGAAACCAUGUUCAACCGCAUCUCGACGAACGUACGGGCUGUUGAGCCGGACGGAAAUGCAAUUGUCGCUGUCAACACUCUCUACAGCUUCUUCAAUCACAGUUGUGAUCCGAAUGUGGAUACACUAGAGGACGACCUCAAAGGAGACAGUUCUGUUGGAAUGGUGACGAAUAGGAAGAUCUUCAAGGGUGAAGAGCUGUAUAUAAGCUAUAUCGCCGACAAGGAUUUGCGAAAAGGCUAUCACCAAAGGAAGAAACUUUUGGAGUAUUGGACCGGAGGAGAGUGUCUCUGCAGAAAAUGUGCUUACGAAAGGGGAUCUUCCUGGACGCUCGACGACGAUAUGGAAUUCGAGGACGAGUCUGGGGCACAUAACGAAAGCCAGCGAAGAAGAGGUGGGCACUACAGUGACUUCGAGGCUGAUUGGGUCGUGCAUGACACCGAUGAUCUGAGUGAGGAUUCGUACCAAGAGGAAUAG